GGCCCGGGAGCCACACCCUGAAACUACCUGUGCGCGACAGGAAGGGCCCGGCAGAGCCCCUGCGGCCGGAGCGCUGGGCCUGAGACCGGAACCAGGCCCGCCCCGCGCCCCGGCCCCGCGGCGAUGGCCUGAGCCGCACGGCCUCCGGGACCAUGAAGAGCGAGCGGGCGCGCAGGGCCACAGGCGGCUCCGGGGGCCUCGGCGCGGGACUCAAGUACACCUCGCGGCCGGAGAACAUGAAUGGCUUUGAGGAAGGCGUGGAGUUCCUGCCGGCCAACAACACCAAGAAGGUGGAGAAGGGCGGCCCGCGGCGGUGGGUGGUGCCGGUAGCCGUGCUGGCCGGCCUUCUGGUGCUGUCCCUCAUGGCGGGGCUCCUGGCGUGGCACUUCCAGCACCGGAACGUGCGGGUCCAGAAGGUCUUCAAUGGCUACCUGAGGAUCACGAACGAGAACUUUCUGGAUGCCUAUGAGAACUCCAGCUCCACUGAGUUUGCAAACCUGGCCAAGAAGGUGAAGGAGGCGCUGAAGCUCUUAUACAGCGGGAUCCCUGUCCUGGGCCCCUACUACAGGAAGUCAGCUGUGACCGCCUUCAGCGAGGGCAGCGUCAUCGCCUACUACUGGUCGGAGUUCAGCGUCCCCAAGCACCUGGUGGGGGAGGCCGAGCAGGCCCUGGCGCAGGAGCACGUGGUCACGCUUCCACCCCGGGCCCGCGCUGUCAGCUCCUUCGUGCUGACCUCGGUGGUGGCCUUCCCCACUGACCCCAGAACAGUACAGAGCACCCAGGACAACAGCUGCAGCUUUGCCCUGCACGCCCGUGGCAGCGAGCCGACCCGCUUCACCACGCCCGGCUUCCCCGACAGCCCCUACCCGUCUCACGCCCGCUGCCAGUGGACCCUGCGGGGGGACGCUGACUCCACACUGAGCCUCACCUUCCGCAGCUUCGACGUCGCGACCUGUGACAAACGUGACAGUGACCUGGUCACUGUGUAUGACAGCCUGAGCCCCGUGGAACCCCGGGCCGUGGUGCAGCUGUGUGGCACAUACCCUCCCUCCUACAACCUGACCUUCCUCUCCUCCCAGAACGUCCUGCUCGUCACGCUGGUGACCAACACCGAGCGCCGACACCCCGGCUUCGAGGCCAUGGUCUUCCAGCUGCCUCGGAUGAGCAGCUGUGGAGGCUACUUGCAUGCAGCCCAGGGGACAUUUAGCAGCCCCUACUAUCCAGGCCACUACCCGCCCAACAUCAACUGCACCUGGAACAUCGAGGUGCCCAACAACCAGCACGUGAAGGUGCACUUCAAAGCCUUCUUCUUGCUGGAGCCCAACGUCCCCCUGGGCUCCUGCUCCAAGGACUACGUGGAGAUCAACGGGGAGAGGUACUGUGGCGAGAGGCCCCAGUUUGUCGUGAGCAGCAGGAGUGGCAAGAUGACUGUCCGCUUCCACUCGGACCAGUCGUACACGGACACCGGGUUCCUGGCCGAGUACCUGUCCUACGACGCCAGUGACCCGUGCCCGGGCAGGUUCAUGUGUAACACGGGGCGGUGUAUCCAGAAGGAGCUGCGCUGUGACGGCUGGGCUGACUGCACCGACCACAGCGACGAGCUGCACUGCCAGUGCAACGCCACCUACCAGUUCACGUGCGCGGACAAGCUCUGCAAGCCCCUCUUCUGGGUCUGUGACUCCGUGAAGGACUGCGAGGACGGCAGUGACGAGCAGGACUGCAGCUGCCCGCCCGGGACCUUCAGGUGUAGCAACGGGAAGUGCCUCCCGCAGAGCCAGCGGUGUGACGGGAAGGACAACUGCGGGGACGGGUCCGACGAGGCCGCGUGCGACCACGUGAGCACUGUCACCUGCACCAGACACACCUACCGCUGUCUCGACGGGCUCUGUGUGAGCAAGGGCAACCCCGAGUGUGACGGGAAGAAGGACUGUAUCGAUGGCUCGGAUGAGAAGGACUGUGACUGUGGGCUGCGGUCGUUCACCAGGCAGUCUCGGGUUGUCGGGGGUGAGAACGCGGACGAAGGUGAGUGGCCCUGGCAGGUGAGCCUCCACGCCCUGGGCCAGGGCCACGUGUGUGGGGCUUCCCUCAUCUCCCCCAGCUGGAUGGUGUCCGCCGCCCACUGCUUCAUCGACCACAGAGGAUUCAGGUACUCUGACCACAGCAUGUGGACCGCCUUCCUGGGCCUGCACGACCAGAGCAAGCGCAGCGCCCCCGGGGUGCAGGAGCGCCGGCUGCAGCGCGUCGUGUCCCACCCCUUCUUCAACGACUUCACCUUUGACUACGACAUCGCGCUGCUGCAGCUGGAGCAGCCGGCCGAGUACAGCGCUACCGUGCGGCCCAUCUGCCUGCCGGACGCCGCGCACGCCUUCCCCACCGGCAAGGCCAUCUGGGUCACCGGCUGGGGCCACACGCAGGAGGGAGGUAUGGGGGCGCUGAUCCUGCAAAAGGGCGAGAUCCGCGUCAUCAACCAGACCACGUGCGAGCGCCUGCUGCCGCAGCAGAUCACCGCGCGCAUGCUGUGCGUGGGCUACCUCAGCGGCGGCGUGGACGCCUGCCAGGGCGAUUCCGGGGGCCCGCUGUCCAGCCCGGAGGCCAAUGGGCGGAUGUUCCAGGCCGGCGUAGUGAGCUGGGGCGACGGCUGCGCGCAGAGGGACAAGCCAGGCGUGUACACGAGGCUCUCCAUGUUUCGGGACUGGAUUAAACAGCAGACUGGGGUGUAGAGGCGAGGUGCCACCCCAGGUGCGCACGUGCGGGCUGAGGACGGGAUUGCUGCCCGGACCCCCGGCUCGGCCCCCGGAACCCAGACUGGGACCUGAUCCCCGAGCCUCUGGAGAUGGAGACUUGCCCGCAGGCCUCUCACCCACCCCACACCCCCAGCUUCCCAAGCGGGGUCGGGUAGGGGAGAGGAGGGGAAGACAGGACGCUUGGCAGUGCCGGGGCCGGAGGCUUGAAGACACAGCCUCUCGGCCCUGGCGCCACGCUGGGCCAGAGGCUCUUUUCCUCGGAUACAGGGAAGGCCGGCUUCAUCUGCCUCGGAUACAGGACCAGCUCUCGUUUGGACUUUGGGGCCCCUUGGGCGGGGCUGGUGGGGCACCACGGGCUCCCAGGGUCACACGCUUCAGGAAAUCCAGGCCUGAGGGACCUGGAAGUCAGCCGGGUCCAAGGUUCGAAUGUUUUACCGGCUCCCAGGGUGGGGUUCAGUGUGUAUAUUUGUGUGUAUGAGUAAAACGCUUUAUUUCUUUUUA